CAAAUUGUAUGCAAUGAAGGUCGUGAACAAAUGCCAAAUUAUUGAAAAUACAAAAAACGCAGAAUAUGCGAGAAACGAACGUGAAAUUCUUGAGAUUAUACAACAAAAUCCCUUCGUAGUACGAUUACAUUUCGCUUUUCAAACGGAAUCUCAGCUAUAUCUAGUUUUAGGUAAGUGUUUUUGUAUUUUUCUCAUUUAGAAGUAAUUCAAAACGAUUUCUUUCUGAAGAUUACUGCGGGGGGGGUGACAUGUUUACGUAUCUUGAAAAUAUUUCGGAAUUUUCGGAGGAUACAGUGAAAAUUUAUAUCGGCGAGAUAGUGUUAGCCCUAGAGUACCUGCAUCGAAUGGACAUCAUUUACAGAGACUUAAAAUUAGAGAAUAUUAUGCUGGACGAUCAAGGGCAUAUAAUUCUGGUGGAUUUCGGACUUUCAAAGGUGCUGUCCCCAGACUCCGGUUACUGUGCACACAGGACUUGCGGUACGCCGGGAUAUAUGGCUCCCGAAGUGAUAAAAGGGGAAGCGUAUGGUUUCGCUAUUGAUUGGUGGUCAGUUGGCGUGGUUAUGUACGAAUUGUUAACUGGCACUUUGCCAUUUGGCGUAUCCGAAAAUGCAAAUAGCCAACGUGACAUAGCAGAACGUACCAUGAAAAUGGAUCCCGAAAUUCCACCUACGUUGAGCCAAACUGCAAAAGAUUUUAUACUCAAGAUGUUAAAAAAGGAUCCAAAAAAGCGGCUGAACGGUAAUAAAAAAUGUGCCAGAGAUAUAAAAAGUCACCCUUUCUUCCGUGGCAUUAACUGGAGUGAUUUACAAAACAAAAGACUAAAGCCGUCAAUUCAGCCCCAAUUAAAUAGUGAAGAGGACGCACAAAAUUUUAGUGAAGAAUUCACGCAACAAGCUAUAAUUCCGGAUUCUCAAGGUCUAGUUCCGUUUAACACAAAGCAACGUCUCUUCAGAGAUUACUCGUAUAUAGCUCCACAAUAUUUACAUCAAACUGAAUGCGAUACGGGGCCCUCAACGUCCAGACGUAGACGUAAGAGUCCGCGAAGAAGCGUACUGCCUAUCCGCGUACAGCCUUACCGUUUGGUAAGAGACAAGGCACCAGCGUCGUAACGGAUAUGAAAUAUAAC